AUGGAGAAAAAGUCCGUAGACACACUGCUGGAACUUUCUAUAAAGAGUCUGCUAAGUAAUGAGUCUGCAGCUAUCCAGGCCGUGGAAGAACUCCCUGUAGACCUCUUUGUUCCAUUGUUUACUGCUGCCUUCUUGGGAAAACAGAAGGAAGUGCUAAAGGCAAUGGUGAGAGUUUGGCCUUUUCGAUGUCUGCAUAUUGGGGCACUGCAUCCACAAGAAUCAAACUAUGACAUCAUGGAAGCCAUGGUAGAUGGCCUGCAACUCCUCCCUGCACAGAACACUUCUCUUGGAAAUUUGCAAAUCAGUAACCUGUCUGUGCAUAAAAGUAGCCUGAAGAUUGUUGAUCUGGUGUGUGUUGACCACCUGGAGUUGGAGAAGGCUCACCUGAGGGAUGUCAACACCCUUUUAUCACAGUCGAUCCACCUGGAAAGCCUUCGUCUGGUUGAUGUUGAGUGUAGAUCAAGAAAAAGAAACUUCAAAAAUUUUCUCACCUGUAUUGGGAAGCUGGAAAACCUUGAGGAGCUGAGUUUGUCUUUCUUCUGCCUCACCGAUCAGCUGCACAAACUACUCAGAGUCCUGAAACCUCAGUUGGAUACACUGAGUCUAACUUUCUGUGACCUUUCUACCAGAGAUAUCAUUGCCCUAUCCCAGAGCAUUCAGGCAACCCACUUAAAGCUACUAAAGCUGAGUAACAAUCAGUUAACCUGGGAACUUCCUGAGCCCUUGAUAAAUCUUCUGGAGAAUGUCUCAGGCACCCUGCAGUAUCUGGAUAUAAACAGCUGCCAAAUCACUGAUACUGUUCUCUCUGCUAUACUCCCAGCCCUGACCCACUGUUCUUGCCUUCAUAUCUUUAGCUUUGCUUGUAAUUGCAUUUCUGUGCUUGUACUCAUGAACCUUGCGCAGCAUUUAACAGCCAUGAUGAAUCUGAAGUAUGUGAUUUAUCCUGUUCCUGUUGAUUGUUAUGAACAACAGGAUCCUAAUCGCAGUUUGGAUCGAGAGAAACUUGCUGUAGUGAAGGCCCAGUUGAUGUUUAUACUACAGAUGGCACAGCGGGAAGACAUGAAGUGGACUGCUUUUCCUCAUUAA